AUGACUACCGCCCUGGACGCUGCCCCGGGGGAUGUCGCAGCUGCCCGGGGGAUGCCCCAGCUGCCCGGGGGAUGCAACAGCUGCCCGGGGGAUGCCCCAGCUGCCCGGGGGAUGACACAGCUGCCCGGGGGAUGCCCCAGCUGCCCGGGGGAUGCCGCAGCUGCCCGGGGAUGCCUCAGCGUCCCGAGGGAUGCACAAGCUGCCCGGGGGAGGACACAGCUGCCCGGGGAUGACACAGCUGCCCCGGGGAUACCCCAGCUGCCCGAGGAUGCCCCAGCUGCCCGGGGGAUGACACAGCUGCCCGGGGAUGACACAGCUGCCCGGGGGAUGCCCCAGCUGCCCGGGGAAUGCCCCAGCUGCCCGGGGAUGCCACAGCUGCCCGGGGGAUGCCCCAGCUGCCCGGGGGAUGCCACAGCCGCCCGGGGGAUGCCACAGCUGUCCGGGGGAUGCCACAGCUGCCCGGGGGAUGCCACAGCCGCCCGGGGGAUGCCACAGCUGCCCGGGGGAUGCCACAGCUGCCCGGGGGAUGCCGCAGCUGCCCGGGGAUGA